GAACAACACCAUCAAAUAAAAAAAAAAUUAUAAUUAUAUAGAACCCAAAAAUUUGGUCUCUGGAAAGGAAAAAAAAAAUGGAAGAACAGCUCAGCUCCUUAGCUGUUACUCAUCUUCUUCAACACACCCUAAGAAGCCUUUGCAUCCAUGAAAACUCUCAGUGGGUUUACGCCGUUUUCUGGAGGAUUUUGCCCAGAAAUUAUCCCCCUCCCAAGUGGGACAGCCAAGGAAGUGCGUAUGACAGGUCAAGAGGCAACAGAAGAAACUGGAUACUGGUUUGGGAAGAUGGGUUUUGCAACUUUGCGGCGUCGACGUCGGCGGGGGAGAUGAAUGCCGAGGAAUGUCCGGCGGGUUCGUCGUCGGCGUACGAUUACCAGCAGUACCAAGGGCUGCAGCCGGAGCUCUUCUUCAAGAUGUCCCACGAAAUCUACAACUAUGGUGAAGGUAUAAUUGGAAAAGUAGCAGCAGAUCACAGCCAUAAAUGGAUCUAUAAAGAGCCAAAUGAUCAAGAAAUCAACUUCUUAUCUGCAUGGCAUAACUCUGCUGACUCUCAUCCAAGGACAUGGGAAGCCCAGUUUCAAUCUGGUAUUAAGACCAUAGCUUUGAUUGCUGUUAGAGAAGGUGUUAUUCAGUUGGGAGCUAUUCAUAAGGUUAUCGAGGAUUUGAGCUAUGUGGUGUUACUGAGAAAGAAGUUUAGCUACAUAGAAAGCAUUCCCGGAGUUCUCCUCCCACAUCCCUCGUCGGCGGCGUAUCCAAUGAAGAUCGACGGCUACGCGCUCUCGCCGGAAGCCUGGCCGCCGCAUUUCCAGCCCAACAUCGUCCCGCCACCGCCACCCGCCGAAUACUACGACCACUUCAACCACCACAACCACCAACCCCCGCCGCCGCAGACGGCGGCGGCCGCGGCGGCGAUGAUGAAGAUUACGCCGUCGAUGAGCAGCCUGGAGGCGCUUCUCUCGAAGCUCCCCUCCGUCGUGCCGACGGGGCCCUCGAUGGCUGUCCCGGGGAACUACUCCGACGUGGCGCAGCCGUACAUGGUGGCGAAAGAAGAGUACGAGGAGGACGAUGAAGAGAACAAUAAAAACAAGAAUGAGGGUGAGAAUAAUAAUAAUAAUAAGGAUGUUGGGGAGAGUAGCAGCUCAAUGUCUUCUUACAGUCAUCAUCAUCAUCAUCAUUAUGGGUAUCAUUAUGAUCUGAAUGUGAGAGAGUUUAAUUAAUUGGAUUCUUGUUUCUUAAUUAAGCGUUUAGUACUCUACUUAGAGAGAGAGAGAGAGAUUGUAUUGAGAUCACCUUCAAAACUGCUAACAAUAAUGUAGUAGCUUCUUAGUAUUAUUAAGUUGCUUGAAUUAGAAGUGUAUGUUAGUCUACUCUUUUUUGUGAAUGUUUAAAGUAUAUGAUGAGCUUGAAUGAAGUGGACAAGUGUUCAAUUUA